CAGUUAUUAAGCACAACACGUCCAAAACCGCUCAGUCAUCGUCGUGACUUCCCCGCCUGCCGCCAUGAAGGUUCCGCUGCUGCUGCUGCUCGCGGUGUUAGCGCUGACCGUCGACGCGCUCGUGAGAAUUCCCCUGAAGAAGUUCCGCUCCAUCAGGCGCGAGCUGACCGACUCGGGGAUAACGGUGGAGCAGCUCCGGGCCGACAAGCCGUCCCUCGAGCACAACUUUGGCUUCCCCCCCGGCAGCGGACCCACUCCAGAGACCCUGAAGAACUACCUGGACGCCCAGUACUACGGCGAGAUCGGGCUGGGCUCGCCUCCUCAGAUCUUCACCGUGGUGUUCGACACGGGCUCCUCCAACCUGUGGGUCCCCUCGGUCCACUGCUCGCUGCUGGACAUCGCCUGCCUGCUGCAUCACAAAUAUAAUUCUGCCAAGUCCAGCUCCUACGUGAAGAACGGCACCGCCUUCGCCAUCCAGUACGGGUCAGGCAGUCUGUCGGGCUACCUCAGCCAGGACACAUGCACCGUCGGAGACCUCUCCGUGGACCGGCAGCUGUUCGGUGAAGCCAUCAAGCAGCCCGGCGUCGCCUUCAUCGCCGCCAAGUUCGACGGCAUCCUCGGCAUGGCCUACCCGCGCAUCUCCGUGGACGGCGUGGCGCCGGUGUUCGACAACAUCAUGAGCCAGAAGAAGGUGGAGGAGAACGUCUUCUCCUUCUACCUGAACAGGAACCCGGACACGGAGCCCGGCGGUGAGCUGCUGCUCGGAGGAACCGACCCCAAAUACUACAGCGGGGACUUCAACUACGUCAACGUCUCCCGAAAGGCCUACUGGCAGAUCCGGGUGGACGGGAUGUCGGUGGGCAGCCAGCUCAGCCUGUGUCAGGGCGGCUGCGAGGCCAUCGUGGACACGGGCACGUCUCUGAUCACCGGCCCCGCCCUGGAGGUCAAGGCCCUGCAGAAGGCCAUCGGGGCCACGCCCCUCAUCCAGGGAGAGUACAUGGUGCGCUGUGACACGAUUCCCUCGCUGCCCGUGAUCACCUUCACCGUGGGGGGCCGGGCCUACACUCUGACCGGGGAGCAGUACGUCCUCAAGGUGAGUCAGGCUGGAAAGACCAUCUGCCUGAGCGGCUUUAUGGGCCUGGACAUCCCCGCCCCCGCCGGGCCGCUGUGGAUCCUGGGAGACGUGUUCAUCGGCCCGUACUACACCGUGUUCGACCGGGACAACGACCGGGUGGGCUUCGCCACGGCCAAGUGAUGGAGACACGCCCUCAAAUGCGAAGCUCAGAAACAACAACAAGGAUCUGCCUGAGCUGAUCACUGUAGCAGUUUGUGUGUUUGAUAUGAAGCGAGAGUGAAACUGAUCAGGGAUCAGCUGAUUUUACGGACACGCCCCUUUUUUCUUUUUAUUAACUAGUUGUCUUUUUCUUCUUUUUUAAUCAGGGAUUUUAAACAUUUUAUUUUUAGGAGGAAGUUGUUCCUCUUCUCCUGACGGGUGCAUUUGAACGUGAUUGGCUUGAAUAAAGCGUUUUAAAAGGAGAA